CGGUCUCACUGCGGAUCAUGGAGCCGCAGGGAGCCGCAGAGCGCAAGCCUCGGAAGUUCAAUCAAAUGAUGCAGGACGGCAAACAGGAAAUUGAUACUUUGUCGCUUACAUUAGAGAAGUUACGUGGAUUGUCUCAAGAAGAUAAAACAGAAAAUGCCAUGUUACGAUCUAGAAUAGAUGAACAGUCACAGCUCAUCUGUGUACUAAAACAGCGGGCUGAUGAGUUCAUUCGGCAUUGCCAAACAUUGGAAAGAAUUAAUACUGAGCUGGAGAGCCAGUGUGAGGACUUGAAGCAACAACUGCAGGGUGAAGUAAAGCUGUCAGCUCGACUGGAAGAGCGAUUCAUGGAUCUGGCAUUAAACCACCAAGAAAUUAUCAAAUUUAAGGAUGAAUAUAAGAGACAGAAUUUGGUGCUAAGUGAGCAAAAUGAAAAUCUUAAGAGGGAAAAUGAAAAUCUCUUUUGUCAAGCUUUGCAGGAGAAGGAUGACCAAAUAUUGAAUCUGUCCAAUGAACUAGAAAAAUGUUUGAAACAAUGCAACAUGCUGGAACAAGAAUGCAAGCAAAUGGCACUGAACUUGCAAAAAACAGAAAGUGAAUUUUUAGACAAACAAGUGAAGGCAGAGAAGUCUUAUCUAGAUGAAGUGCAAUCUCUGAAGACAAAACUCAAAGAAGCAGAAGAUAGAUGUAAUGUUGCAGAACUGAAACAAAAAGAAGCUGCAGAAAUUAGAAGUCAUGAAGAAACAGAAUUCCAGAAUAAAAUGCUUUUAUUAACACAAGAGAAAGAAGAACUUCUUAAAAUUUCCAUGGAGAGAGGGAAAAUUAUACAGGACAAACAAAAAGAGAUUCAACUACUUGAGGAGAAAUUAAAAUUAACAGAAAAUACAAAGAAAAAUGCAGAAGACAGAUUUCAACAUGAAGCUGCAAUGGUAAAUGAAAGUGCAAGAGUCAAAAAGUUAAAGCAGCAGUAUCAUGAAUACCAAAAGAUGUAUACUGACUUGGAAAGAGAAUUUGAAGCAUUCAAAAAGCACAGCAGUAACCUACUAACAAAAGAAAAGGAACUUAAUGCCAAACUACGUCAUCUAACUCAGUGAUGCCAGAUUUCAAUAUGCAUAUAAUAAAAAAGCUGUUAAUAUCCAGAUGCAAAUAAAAUUAUUUUUUAGUGACCUGCUUUUGAAGUGGUUAAUUAUUUUAAUUGAAAAUGCUUAGGCAAAUAACCAGCUGUUCUGUGGGGGCAUUGCUCAUUCUGAUUGUUGAAAGUUGCUUCCAUUGUGAUUGGUUUGUUUAGAAAUUGCAGCUGCUUUGCUGGUGUUCAGUUUCAAAUAUCCUGGGUAUUUAGCGAGCAUGUAUGGGAGGUUCUUUCUCUCUUCCUCUGCUUAAGGCAAGCGGUGCAUAGGGCCAUUGGGAAAGUAUGCUCUGCACAAGCUUUUAGCUAUGUUGACUAUUCAGUUUUGUUGUUUCUGUAACUUGGGGAACUUAAAUGUUUGGUCGAAUUUUUACUGUUUGUAAUUAAACUAUUAAUAUACCUAUUCACAGUCUCACUGUGUCUCUUUCUAUGAGUCUUUCUGUCUCACUGGCCACAAACCUGAUUCAAUGUUACACCAAAGCAGGUGAAAUCAAAAGCCAGUAUUGGAGUUGCAGCAAGUUAACACUGUGAAUGGGUUCAAACAGGCAAAUGACAGCAAUCCUGGAAAUUUAUGGCUAAAAUUGUUCAGUUGAAUUGAAUUGACUUAAUUACUUACAUCCUUUAUAUACAUGAGUAAAAAUCUACCUUACAUCUCCAUCUAAAUGUGCAAUGCGCAAUUUAUAGUAAUUUGUAAUAAAUAGUAUGUACAACAGCACAGUCAAUAUAACAAUUGUAAUGGUAUGAAUGAAUCAGUUUGAUGGCCUGGUGGAAGAAGCUGUCUGUCCUAGAGCCUGUUGGUCCUGACUUUUUCUGCAGCGGUGUUGUUUCCCAGAUGGUAGCAACUGGAACAGUAUGUGGUUGGGGUGACUCGGGUCCUGUUGUUGAAAAUUUCAAAGCCAUCCAUUGGGAGCACAAGGGUCCUGCAUAAGGUAGAUGUGAGUUUAUCAGACCAUUCUCAUGUGGAGUGUUAAACACCCAUGCCGAAGAUGAACCAGUUGGGUUCAGGAAAUUCUGUGGCAGAGAACAAUAGAAGUAUCACAGAUGUAAUCUCCAUUUCUUCGUUUGCAGUACCUUAGAAAAGGAUGACUAAUUCCACCACUUUUUUUGAGUUCUGAGGGCAAUAACCUGGACCAUUGCUCUCCCAUCAAUAUACCUAUCCAAAUUUCUCUCAAAUGUUGAAAUUGACAGGACAUCACUUGCACUGGAAGCUCAUUCCACCUUCUCAUCACCCUCAAGUUCCUGCUAAUGUUUCACUUAAACAUUUCACCUUUCACCCAUAACUCAUGACAUCUAGUUGUAAUCUCAUAAAAGCUCCGUGAAAAAAGCCUGCUUUCUGUAUGCAUACCCCUCAUAAUUUUGUAUACCUCUGUCAAAUUUCUCCUCAAUUUUCAACAUUCUAGGGAAUAAAGUCCUUACCUAUUCAACCCUCCCCUAUCACUCAGGUCUUCAUGUCCAGGCAACUUCCUUGUAAAUUUUCUCUGCACUCCUUAAUCUUAUUUUUAUCUUUCCUAUAGGUAGCUGACCAAAACUGGUAACACAAUACUCCAAAUUAGACCUCACCAACACCUAUUACAAUUUUAACAUAACAUCCCAACUCCUUUAUUCAAGACAUUGAUUUAUGGCCAAUGUGUCAAAAGCUUUCUUUACAACCAUGUCUCCCGUGACAACACUUUCAAGGAAUUAUAGACCUGUAUUCCAAGAUCCCUCUACUCUACUGUAUUCCUCAGUGCUCUACCAUUUACCAUGCCUGACCUAUGCUGGUUACUCCUCCCAAAGUACAACACCUCACAGCUUCCUGCAUUAAAUUCCAUCUGCCAUUUUUCAACCCGUUUUUCCAACUGGUCCAGGCCCUGCUGCAAGCUUUGAUAAUCUUCUUUGCUGUCCAUUAUAGCCCUAAUCUUGGUGUCAUCCACAAAUUUGCUGAUCCAAUUUACAUUAUCAUCCACAUCGUUGAGAUCGAUGACAAACAACAAUGGACCCAGUACUGACCCCUGGGGCACUCACUAGUCACAGGCCUCCAGUCAGAGAGGCAGCCCGCUACAACCACUCUUUCUGAAUUAUUCCAUGAAGCCAAUGGCUAAUCCCAUACCUCAUCUUGAAUGCAUGCAACUGAACCUUGCAUGCGGGACCCUAACAAAAGCCUUGCUAAACUCCAUUUAGACUUUACUUUCACUGUUUUAUCUUCACCAACUUUCCUGAUAACUUCCUCGAAAAACUCUGAGUUUGGUUAGACCUACUUGCCACUCGACAUGUUGACUAUCCCUAAUCAGACCCUGUCUAUCCAAAUACUUACAUACCUGAUCCCUUAGAAUACCUUCCAAGAACUUUUCCAAUACUGGUGUCAGGCUCGCAAGUCUAUAAUAUUCUAGCUCUUAGAACAACAUUAGCUAUCUUCCAAUCCUCCAGCACCUCAACCAUAGCUAAGGAUGUUUUAAGUAUCUCUGCUAGGGGUCCUGCAAUUUCUGCACUAACCUCCCACAGGGUCCAAGGGAAGAUAUUGUCAGCCCCUGGGGACUUAUCCUCCCAAAUUUGCCAUAAAAACAACAAACAUUCCCCUCUCUAUAAUCUGUAUAGGGCCCAUGACCUUGCUACAUUGCCUCACAGCUAUAGAAUGUGUCCGUCUCCCAAGUAAAUACUGAUGCAAAAAUUCAUUUAUAUUCUCACCCAUCUCUUUCAACUCCAUGCGUGGAUUCCAGAGGAGCAAUUUUAUCCUUUGCUAUCCUUUUACUCGUAGUCUAUUUGUAGAAGCCCUGAGGAUUCCCUUUCACCUUGUCUGCUAGAGCAACUUCGUCUUCUUUUAGCCCUCCUGAUUUUAAGUGUUCUCUUGCAUUUCCUAUACUCAAAUACCUCAUUUGUUCCUGUCUGCCUAUACCUGCUGUGCACCUUUCUCUUAAUCAGAUUCUUUAAAACCAAGGUUCCCUAAACCUGUUAUCCUUCCCUUUUAUUCUGACAAGAACUUGCAAAAUCUGUAUCCUCAAAAUUUUACUUUUGAAGGCCUACCACUUCCCAAGCACACCUUUGCAAGGAAAUGACCUGUCCCAACACAUACUUGCCAGAUCCUCUGUGAUAACGGCAAAACUGGCCUUUCUCAAUUGGGUAUUGAGCAAUGAGGAGGGGUUUAGUUAGCAAUCUUGUCAUGCGAGGCCCCUUGGGUAAGAGUUACCAUAAUAUGGUGGAAUUCUUCAUUAAGAUGGAGUGACAUAGUUAAUUCAGAAACAAAGUUUCUGAACUUAAGGAUAACUUUGAAGGUAUGAGACGUGAAUUAGCUAAGAUAGACUGGCAAAUGAUACUUAAAGGGUUGACAGUGGAUAUGCAAUGGCAAGCAUUUAAAGAUCGCAUGGAUGAACUACAAUUGUUCAUCCCAGUUUGGCAAAGAAUAAACCAAGGAAGGUAGUGCACCCGUGGCUGACAAGGGAAAUUAGGGAUAGUAUCAAUUCCAAAGAAGAAACAUACAAAUCAGCCAGAAAAAGCAACACAGCUGAGGACUGGGAGAAAUUCAGAGUCCAGCAGAGGAGGACAAAGGGCUUAAUUAGGAAAGGGGAAAAAGAUUAUGAGAGAAAGCUGGCAGUGAACAUAAAAACUGACUGUAAAAGCUUUUAUAGAUAUGUGAAAAGAAAAAGAUUGGUUAAGACAAAUAUAGGUCCCUUACAGUCAGAAACAGGUGAAUUGAUCAUGGGGAACAAGGACAUAGCAGACCAAUUGAAUAACUACUUUGGUUCUGUCUUCACUAAGGACAUAAAUAAUCUUCCGGAAAUAGUAGGGUACUGAGGGUCUAGUGAGAUGGAGGAACUGAGGGAAAUACAUGUUAGUAGGAAAGUGGUGUUAGGUAAAUUGAAGGGAUUAAAGGCAGAUAAAUCCCCAGGGCCAGAUAGUCUGCAUCCCAGAGUGCUUAAGGAAGUAGCCCAAGAAAUAGUGGAUGCAUUAGUGAUAAUUUUUCAAAGCUCCUUAGAUUCUGGAUUCUCCUUAGUUCCUGAGGAUUGGAGGGUGGCUAAUGUAAUCCUACUUUUUAAAAAAGGAGGGAGAGAGAAACCGGGGAAUUAUAGACUGAUUAGCCCAACAUCGGUGGUGGGGAAAAUGCUAGGGUAGGUUAUCAAAGAUGUGAUAACAGCACAUUUGGAAAGCGGUGAAAUCACUGGACAAAGUCAGCAUGGAUUUGUGAAAGGAAAAUCAUGUCUGGCGAAUCUUAUAGAAUUUUUUUGAAGAUGUAACUAGUAGAGUGGAUAGGGGAGAACCAGUGGAUGUGGUAUAUUUGGAUUUUUCAAAAGGCUUUUGACAAGGUCUCACACAGGAGAUUAGUGUGCAAACUUAAAGCACAUGGUAUUGGGGGUAUGGUAUUGAUGUGGAUAGAGAAUUGGUUGGCAGACAGAAGCAGAGUGGGAAUAAACGGGACCUUUUCAGAAUGGCAGGCAGUGACUAGUGGGGCACCACAGGGCUCAGUGCUGGGACCCCAGAUGUUUACAAUAUAUAUUGAUUUAGAUGAGGUAAUUAAAUGCAGCAUCUCCAAAUUUGCAGAUGGCAUGAAGCUGGGCGGCGGUGUUAGCUGUGAGCAGGAUGGAAGGUGACUUGGAUAGUUUAGGUGAGUGGGCAAAUUCAUGAAAUAUGCAAUUUAAUGUGAAUAAAUGUGAGGUUAUCCACUUUGGUUGCAAGAACAAGAAAUCAGAUUAUUAUUUGAAAAAGAGGAGGUGCAACGAGGCCUGGUUGCCAUUGUACACCAGUCAUUGAAAGUGGACAUGCAGGUACAGCAGGCGGUGAAAAAGGCAAAUGGUAUGUUGACAUUCAUAGCAAGAGGAUUCCAGUACAGAAACAGGGAGGUUCUACUGCAGUUGUACAAGGCCUUGGUGAAACCACAGCUGGAGUAUUCUGUGCAGUUUUGGUCCCCUAAUCUGAGGAAAGACAUUCUUGCCAUAGAGGGAGUACAAAGAAGGUUCACCAGAUUGAUUCCUGGGAUGGCAGGACUUUAAUAUGAAGAAAGACUGGAUCGACUAAGCUUAUACUCACUGGAAUUUUGAAGAUUGAGGGGGGAAUCGUAUUGAAAUGUAUAUAAUUCUAAAGGGAUUGGACAGGCUAGAUGCAGGAAGAUUGUUUCCGAUGUUGGGGAAGUCCAAAACAAGGGGUCACAGUUUAAGGAUAAAGGGGAAGCCUUUUAGGACCCAGAUGAGGAAAAACUUUUUCACACGAGUGAUGAAUCUGUGGAAUUCUCUGCCACAGUAAACAGUCGAAGCCAGUUCAUUGGCUAUAUUUAAGAGGGAGUUAGAUAUGGCCCUUGUGGCUAAAGGGAUCAGGGGUAUGGAGAGAAAGCAGGUACAGGGUUCUGAGUUGGAUGAUCAGCCAUGAUCAAACUGAAUGGCGGUGCAGGCUCGAAGGGCCAAAUAGCCUAUUCCUGCACCUAUUUUCUGUUUCCCCAACAUAGAAUCUCAACCCAAAGACCAGACCUACCCUUUUCCAUAAUUGCCCUGAAAAUAGCAUAAUGAAAUGAGCUCCCCUACACAAAUUUCUAUCACUUACAAUGUCUCAUUCCUAACAGGAGCUCUGGCAUCAUAACCCAUCUCGUUAGGACUUCUAAGAACACAUUUGGCAAACUUGUUCUCAUUCAGCCCUUUUACAGAAUGGGAGUCCCAGUCUAUGUGUAAAGUUAAAAUGUCUGUGAUAUCUCCACAAAUUCACUCCUCUAAAUCCCACACUGUUGGUGGUCUAUAUAAUCCAGUUAAUGUGGUCAUAUGCAUUAUUCCACGGUUCUAUCCAUAAAGCCUUAGUCAAUGAGCUCUUCAGUCUGUCCUGAGCAUUGCCACAAUAUUUUCCCUGACCAGUAAUGACACUCUUCCUAUUUAAUCGCUCCUACUACACAACAUCUAAGGCAAAGGAACAUGGAAGUGCAACUAAGACUCACUAGGGACUACGAUGUUAUAAUUUCAUGUGCUGAUCUAUGCCCCAAGCUUUCCUACAAUACUCAUUGCAUUUAAAUAUGUACAGGCCAGAACAUUAUCCUGCCAUGUUCAACCUUUCAAUUCCUGACUUUGUAUAUAGGCUUAACUUUCUUCACAACCACUCCCCCUGCAAACUAAAAUUGUGUAAUUGACAUUUGUUGAGAGGUGGCUCACUAGUUUUCAAUGGUUUCACUGUGAAACUUUUUAAAUCAGGUGACAGUGUGGUGCAGCAGGGACAGGUUGUCUUAUCUCGUGCUUCAGUAAAAGUGCUAUUGAUGGCUUGAAGUUCAGCUUCUAAGCACUUGAAAAUGUAGUAUACAGAUGCUUGCAACCCAAUUACUCAACUACUGAGCUUUGGAUAACCUUGGUUCCAGAAUGCACCCCCAACUAUCUGACAACUUUACUGCUUGUUCAUAUUAGCUCCACUCCUACAGCAAGAUUGUGGAGGAGAGAUCCUAUACAUUUGCCUCAUUCCAUCAGUGUUUAACAUCUCCCAGCCUACAGGAUUGCUGGAACUUUUGAGCUGCCCCCAAUGUGAUGGGGAAUUCACAUUACACAUUCUGGCUCCUGGCAGAAGCUAUCCAAGCACCUCUCUCCUAGUACAUCAGAGUUUGGAAUCAACACUUCUAAAAACACAGACACUCAAAACUAGAUGUGAUUUGCUCAGAAUCUUAAUGGUCUCCAAUUCCAAUGAAUCGAAAGACCAAACCAAUGGUUUUAUAAUGAGAUCUGGUCAAGUUGUGGAAUUCACCACCCCAUCAAUGGCUAAAUACUCAAUUGCCUCAGGCACAAGCUACAAAGUCAUCAAGGAAACAGAUGUUUUAAGAUAGGUUCAAACAGCUUGUGUUCCACCUAGUGCAUAUUAAGCACACAUCACCAGCUAACAAUUAACCUCUCAGGUUAAAAAUUUUGAUAACCUGGGUGUAAUUUUAUCUACCCCCAAUUAAACACAGAUUAACAUACUCCUCCUUCCUGAAGAUCCAUCAAGAAAUGUUUGCACUGUGCUGCUUCACUACAUUCUGUUCCAGCAGGUUAAUUUUCAUUUGAAAGUUAUAAGUGAACAUGGUUAGAAUUUUAUCCACUUGUGCAUCCAAUUUUAGUUACACCUUACUUGCAAUGCUUUGAACUAUUGAAGUGUGAAGCUCUGGGAUUUUCUUAACUUUGAGAUACCCAUUUAUCUCUGACAAAUUUG